AUGACCUUCAUUGUUGCCAAUGUUGCAAUAUUCAUAUCUAAUACAAUUCAUUGGAUUCUCGUCGUGAUACGCAUAUUCAUGGCAUUCGUUACCUAUCCACAGGGUCCUUUGCUCUUCUAUGCGGACAUCGCUCAGCCAUCGGAAGUGGUUCAGAGCGGUGCGCUCAUAUUCACAUUGCUAGUGAACGAUGCAAUGAUGAUAUACCGCAUGUGGAUCAUAUGGGGUUACAGCAAGCGUGUCAUCAUAAUCCCUCUGUGCACCCUCUUUGGCCUGCUGGUGUGCGGGAUCGCCGUCUUGUAUCAAAUGACCCGAUUUCAUAUGGGCCAGAAUAUAUUUAUCACAGACCUGGGUCGCUGGCUGACUAGCGAUUCAGUUUUCACUCUCUGCACUAACCUGUACUGCACCACCAUGAUCGCCUGGCGCAUCUGGCGCAUCAAUGCUCAAAUCGAAGGACACAAGAAUAGUAAUCUCAUGUCCGUACUCGCCAUCAUCGUUGAAAGUUCUGCAAUAUACACGAUCUGGGCGAUCUUCUUCCUGGUUAGCUAUGAGGUCGACUCGAACCUGCAAUUCCUGAGCAAUGAGACGAUCUGCAUCGUUGCUGGAAUUUCAUUCAUGCUCAUCAACGUUCGCGUGGGGAUGGGCUGGGAGCAGAAGGCGCCACAGUCCAUCUCUACGUUCGCAGCCGCACAGUUCACAUCUAGGAUUCUUGGCAAUCAAUCGUUUACUAUGCAACCUACGACGGUAUACAUCUCCCAGGCGGUGGAGUGUGACGACGACCGUAGCAGGACGGCCUCGCAGCGUUCCUCCAAGGCCCUAGCAGUCUGA